AUGAUUUUUUAUAAAUGUAAAAGAGGAAUAUAGUUUUCAUUUGCUCUUAAACUUCUCAUAACUGCAAGCUUCUCUAAUGACAUUUAUUUGAUAAUCAUAUCCUCGGUGAAUUUAUUUACAAUUUUAUUGAUAAUGUUAAAGAAAUUUAAGCCUUUUUGGAAAUAUUUUCGAAUAAUUUUGCUUUUAGAAUUAUGCUUUAAUGAUUAACCUUUUGGACCUGUAAUUAUUGCAUCAAUUAAUUAUAAUAUAAAGUACAAGAUAGUAAUCUUGUCUUAUUAUAUUUUAAGAGUAAGUCUAAUAUUUUUUCAUACUUUCAAGAUUAUUGAUUGGGUUUAUCUUGGAAUCCUAUUUAUUGGCUUCAAUGCAUACUUUUAUUUACAUGUAAUAUCUUUUUUAUUUUUAGGAUAGAAAAUUAUCAGACAGUAAAAUAAAUUCUCAAUCUUAAAGGAAAUUGACUCAAUUAGACAUUACAUCUCAAAAUGAUUAUAAUGAUAUGUUUGAUUACUUCAAUUAUAUACCUUUGGGAAUAUGUUUAUUAGAUAAUAAUUACAAUAUAUUGAAUUAUAACCAAAAAACAACAAAAUAUUGCUCAACUAUAAAAGAAGAUUGUUUAUAAUAACAACUACAUUUGAUAAUCCAAAGGUAAAGAAAUUAAAAUUUUGAUUUUUAGAGCAUGGAUUUAACAGUAAUAGAAUCCGAGUGCUUUAAGAUUUGAAAGGAGAUCUAUUUUCAAUUCAUCCGAAGAUUAUGGAUCGGACUUUUAAUUAAAAAGAAUGUAAUCUUUUAGUUAAACGAGAAAAAAAGCAAUCUCAUUUACUUCAUGUAAAUAGUAUGGUAAUGUUUUUGAUGUUGCUCAAAUUAUAAAUAAAUUCAAAUAAAAAGGUAUAACAGGUUUAGUUAAUUUAAACUCUCUUAAAUAUAAAGAUUCCUCUAGUUUAAAAACUUAUGAGAUUAAGAUUUAUGAAAUCACCAAAGGGUAUUUAAUCAUGAUUAAAAAUAUAACAAAAAAGGAAAAAUAAAUUGAUAUGAAGGAUAGGUAUCAUUUUCAAUAAAUGCUUAUCAAUUCCUUUUCACAUGAAUUACGCACUCCUUUAAAUUGUUCCUUAUCACUGUUAUAAACAUUAGAAUAAUAAGUGAAAUCAGAUUUGAAUGAUACAUAUUUAAAGCCUGCAAUAAUUUCAAAUAAAAAGUUAUUGCAUCAAAUUAAUGAUAUUUUAGAUUUUGCAAAUUUUGAAGUAAAAACAUUCAAAUUACGGCCUACAAUUUUUAAAUUGUCUAGUUUAAUAAAGACAAUUGAAGAUUAUUUUAAGGCAGAAUGUGAAUAAAAGGAGAUUAAAUUUGUCAUAAAAGUUUGUGAUGAUGCAUUUAUUAGAAGUGAUUUCGAUAGGAUAUUGCAAAUUCUGGUUAAUUUAUUAAACAAUUCGGUAAAAUUUACAAAGCAAAAAGGAGUGAUUUAAUUGAAUGUUUAAAGAGUGGGAUCAUUGUAUCAAUUCGGAGUGUAUGAUACAGGAUGUGGAAUUUCACCUGAAAAAUUAUUUUUAAUCAAUAAAAUAUUGUAAAAUUCUGAAGUGGAUAUUGCAAGAAGAGGAGAAGAAGACUAUAUUUAAUAUGUAGGUCUGGGAUUGAAAGUUUCUAGUUAAAUUGCUAGAUAAUUAUGUGAUAAAGGUGAAUUGAGUAUUACAAGUUAAUUGAAUCAAUUCACAAAUAAUAGAUUUAUUGUAAAAGAUUUAUAAUCAUACGAUGAAGCAUUAACAAUACCAACAGAUGAAUGUAUUUAAGAACCAUACAAGAGUAAGGUAAAAACUAAGUGUAAUUGUUUAAAUGUAUUAAUAGUGGAUGACAUCCCUUUUAAUCAUUUAGCUUUUAUCACUGUUUUGAAAUACUUUAAUGUAAAGAGUGACAGUGCAUAUGAUGGAUAAAUGGCUAUAGAUAUGGUUAAAAGUCGAUAUAAAAAUUGUUCAUGUACAUAUAAACUUAUAUUCAUGGAUAUUGAUAUGCCUGGAAUUGAUGGAUAUUAGACAACUAAAGAAAUAUAGCAAUUUUUAUCAUAGAAUGACUUAAGUUCCACUGUUAUUAUGUGUAGCGCAUUUGAUAGCAAAGAAAAUAUUGAUUUCGCCUACAAAAGUGGAAUGAAAGAUAUCCUUCCAAAGCCAAUAGAAACAUGUAGACUCAAAAAAAUACUAUAUAAAUAUUAUUUCUGA